UUCACUAUGAUAAACGAAUCGUACCUGUGUAACGUCAAAUGAGCUACUGAUAAAAUCUUUAUACCCAUAAGAAAUACUUUAGUGUAUCGUGACCUACAUGUUUCGGUGUUGUUUGCGUGGGCUAGUGUAUAAAAUUAAACUGUGUGAAUAUGGAUAAGUUCAAACAAAAACUAAAAAAAGAUAAGACGGCGCAAAAUAACACUCAAGAUAAAAAGGAAAUGUUAGUGGCUGACGUGAAGUGCAUCAGAGAGAACCUCAAAAUAAGGGAAAUUUUACGGAACGUAAAAAUGAAUCGAAGCAUGCGCUUAAAGGCGCCACCGGGAAGCAAAGUCAUGAAUAAUAAAGAUUUUACGGACAAUGAGGAUUUUUUCGAAGAAAACCUUAAAGAAGAAGACGAUAAAGAACAGGAGCCACCAUGUGCUACGAAUCCUGAUGUAAUUAUAACGCAUACAGAUUUUUCUGAUGAUAACAUCAAUGGCUCAACUGAAGACAUCGAAAAAAGUGAUAUUGAAAGUGAACAGAUAGAAGAAAAUAGUGAUAGUGACAAAAACAUCCCAGAAGCAAUAUCCGCCAGUAUAGAAGAUAAUGAUAUAAAUAAGUUGGAAAGUUAUGAGCCCAUCAGGAGGAGUGAUUCUGUUAUCCCAGAUAAUAGAUCUAUUCAGCAAUUAUUAAAUGAUAUGCCAACCAACAAAAUCAGGGAUAGAAAGUUAUCUCUCGAUCAAUCAACACUUAACCGACGAGAAGGUUUUACUCAAUCAGAAUUAGACUUACACUCAUUGGGUAAAUCCCCACUAGAGCGGAAAUCCUCUUUCUUUAGGAAAAAAAUGGAUAGCUUUUUAAGGAACACUACAGAUCUAUUUAAAAGGCAGUCUUUAACCGGAAAAUGUCAACCAGUACAAAGAAGAGGUUCCAUGUCUGUUUCUAUGCAGUCAUUGAAUGAAAAUUGCAGCAGUUCUAACGGGGAUUAUCAAGAUGAAUCUGUGCAACAAGAAAUGCGACCGAGCAGUAGUACAGCGAGUCUACAAUCUUCUUCCACAAUAACGAGGAGUGCGUCGAGUUUAUCGAUUUGUCAAAAUUCCCGCCUCAUGGAUCAGCCAUCAGAACCGAGCCUUUCUGGCAGCCAGCCCGCCUUCACCAGUGAAUCUCUGGGCGACUUUUCUUCGAACAGCGUUCAUAGUUUAAAUGAAGCGUACUUACAGGAAGCUAUGCUGAAGUCUAGAGCGAUUUCAAUGAGUUCUGGAUUAGAUUCAUCUAAUAGUCGCCUUCGACGGAAAGCUUCAAGAUCAAACAGAGUGACAUGGGUUGCAAGUGAAGGUCUCACGAAUUACUUCAGAAGAAUAAUACAAGACGAAAAGUCGAAAGAAAUACAGAGCUGUCACUCAUAUCAGGAUUUCUCUUGUAUACCGGAAAAUGAAUCGUAUGGCCAAAGAACUGACUCAAAGGGCCGCAGGUUGUCCUACCAACGAGCAGUGUCUGGUGAAGAUCCUGUGCUGCCAACAAGAUACCAAGAUACUAGCUUGAGGAGACGCCAUCUCAUACUGGAGAAUAAUGAGGCAAACUAUGAGUUGCAAAACCUCCUCGCCGAGUUUUCGAAGAAUGGCGUGCCUUCUUUGCAAGGGUUUGUCGCUGCCACUAUACCUGACGAAGCUCUGUCUUACCUCAUGUGGUCAGAAAAAUCUGGCUGCCUCGAGUCAAUAUUCGACUGGAAAACGCUACCGGAAACUGAGCAAGCCAAACAGGCUGUCAUACGUGAGCUGGUGUCGACGGAGGCUGAUUACAUCCAACACUUGAUAGUGAUUGUUGAGAUAUUCAUAGCAGCCGCGCACGCUCUACAAGACAAUGGUAAAAUGCUCGAAGUAGAUACUGAGAGACUAUUCUCGAAUAUCCCGGAUCUACUCAAUGCAAACCUCACUUUUUGGAAUUUGACGUUUUAUCCAAUGGUUAAAGAAGCCGUUGAAAAUAAUGAGCCUUACAAAUCAGAAUUGAUGGCUAACGGCUUUUGCCGUUUCCACGAGGUAUUUCAGCCAUACGAGAAAUAUAUGAACGAACAAGCCAAGAUGAUGGAUUAUUUCCGAAGUAUACAAGCGGACCCUGAAUUUUCGACGUACCUUACCUGGUGCUACACACACAAAUCAUGUAACAGACUGCAGCUAUCUGAUCUUCUGGUCAAACCGAUGCAGCGACUCACUAAGUAUAGCCUUAUACUUAGCCGAGUCGCCGUAUAUACGGGUGGAACUGAUGAAACAGGCUCACUAAAAGCAAUGGAAAGCUUCGUAAAAUGUUACGUGACAGAUUUGAAUCGAUCAAUGCGGCAGCGCGAAGAGUUGGAACAGCUCGAUGAGCUAACUUGUACUAUUGAACCCUAUGAAUUGGAAUUUAAGGACGAAGAAAUGGAGAAACUAUUCAAAUGCAACAGUGCCUUGAACCUGAGGCACCCUAUGGCUCACUGUGCACUGUCGCACUACCGUAGUGUGAUUUUAGACAGUGAGUUCCGCUUCAAAGACCACAUCGGAAAAGAGGUGGAAGUACGCGUAAUAUUACUAACAGAUUUAAUGAUGAUUUGUAAAAAACAGUCUAAGGGAAAUGUAUUGCCAUAUAAGAUGAUAAGACCGAAGAUAUUUUUGGCGCGCCUGAUUCACGCUCAGAGGUUAAUUAAAAACGUGAAUCAACUAUACGGGCAUUUGUUCUUAUUAGUGGACGAAUGUGGCUCUUCUAUGGGCUGCUUUUCUCUGACAGAAUCGUCAAAGGACCCAACCCCAGCCCAGAGCUUAAAGACAUUGGAAAGCAAAAUAAAAGAAGCUAAAAUGUCGUAUGAGAUGAGUAUAUGGGCAGCGAGAAAUCCCAACAGAGAUCUAAGCGAAAUGGACUUAGAUACCUCCACAGAUACCUCUAUGGCCCACAGAAUAAAGUCAGCAGAAGAGACAGCAAUUGAAAACGAAGCUCGCGAAAGAGUAGCUACAAUGUUGCAUCGCAGCAUGGGGGCUUCCACUGACAACGAAUACUCUCAGUCCUUGACUGACUCCAUAGAAGGUCCUCGAGCGGGUCCUUCAAGCUCUCAUCGUCAAUUCAUCCACCGGAGCUCGACUGCCAGCUCGCGACAGUCACGAUUGUCCAGCUUCCAACAGUCUCUCAGCGCUGCCUCCCGCGACGAUCAGCAGUUUGGGCCAAGCAAAGUCAUAUACAGAGCAAGCGCUUCCCUUGAUCAGAAAUAUGACCAGCCGAUAACAUCAAUCACAGUGAACGUGGUGAACGAGUGUGACACGCCAGUAGCCGUGGAGCAACCGCCGCCGGAAACAUCGUCUUCUUUAUUAGCACCUUCGCCUUCGCAGCCAAGUCGACAUACAUUGAGUGUGCACGGCCAAAACAAUGUCACCGUGCUCAGCAGUCAACCGAAUCUCAACCAAGAGUCUUACCAAUUAACAACAAGUGUGAGUCAACCCGGAUUUUCAGCAUCCGAAAGACUGUACCGAUCUCACCAAGAACUGUUACAACGAAAUCGAUUAGCUGCCUCACAAUUUUUAUCACCGGAUAAUCGUGGCAUCAGUUACCCGCCGCCGAGCCCAACCAGGAAUUCGCUAAAACGUGGUUUAGCUUUCUCCUACUCAUUCAAAAAUCCUCCAUUGUCCAAAAUGGGCAAUGUAUACAGCCAAUCACAUUUGGAUACACCCAUCUAUUCUAGCCAGCACUUAGACCGGGGACCGAGCCCAAGUCCGAGCGAAAAAAGUGACAAGAAGUACAAACUACUAGGAAGCAGGAGUAAAGCUACAACGAGCACUGAUCCUGAAGAAUCUGCAGCCAGCUCGCGCGUUCAGACGCGCCAACCGUCGCGCAGCGGCGAUGCGGAGGACAGUACAUACAGAAGUGACGAACAGGUUGAAUGAGGUUUGCAGGAGGAGCAAUCCUCCUGAUGCUGUCGUUGGUGGUGUUUCUAAACACCCGAGGAUCCAGUAUUGUGGCAACGGGACCGAGCUGUGUAACAUCUAGACUGAUGGAGUUAUCAGUUAUGCAUUGGUGUGGCACUGGAUAAACUGUUUAUAUAAUUUCGAUAAUGUACAUUUUAUCUUGGACAUUAUUAUACAAUUGACUCAUACAGUGCACGCGAGGUACAUUUGUGUUACAAUAAAUACAUGAACAAUAAACAGUGUUUCGAAACUGAAUACGAGAAAAAGUUCCAAUGAAUACCUGUAUAAAAAGUGUUAGUAACCGCCAUGCGCAUAAUAAUAAAUACAGUAGUAAUAUUAAAAUAAUAACUGUAAUGUAUAAUGAUGCUUACAUUAAUGUUAUAGUGAUAUUUAAGUAUUUAUUAUGGUUUAAUUAUUUGAUAAUAUAAGGAAUGUAUGUAUAAUGCCACAGAUAAUAUAAUACUAUACUAUAACACUUAGAAAUUAAAUUAAAAGUACAUACCUAUAACAUAUUUUAUGUUAUACGAUUAAAGAUAUUAGAAUCAAUAUCACUUUCGGUAUAAUAAUACAAUCUUGUAAUGACAUUUUCUUAAAAUCUGCCUCAGGUUUAAUAUCGUGCCAAAUACUGAGAACAAAUCAAGUUUCUACAUAACAAUAUAAAAAAAAACUAUAGUCGAUAAUAUAUAAUAGGUAGAGUUUAUAUUAAAAAACCCUUCGAUAAAUAAUAUAUUGCUAAAACUUUCGUCAAACAUAACUGAAAUGCACUAAAUAAACAAGUUUAAAGUUAGGUACAUAAAUACUUAGGCAGUUAAGAUUUUCCUUGAUAUGACAAUUUGUAUAUAUCUAUUAUUAUUUUUUUGUAAAUACAUUAGCAAAAAUACUCUUCGGAGGAUAACACAUAUUUAACAUUCUCUAGAUAAAUACAAAAAAUAACUAUAGAGGUAGUCUUCAAAAUAGGUAAAUUAACCUUUGUGUCACAUAAAGACAUCUUCAUAGUGCAAUUUUAUAAACGAAACCUUAAACAAGUGAUAAACGGGCACUAUUUAUGAUCUGACAAAUAAUUGCUAUUGAUUAUUUAAUUUUACCUAACUCUCCAAAUAAGGGUGAGUUUAGAAGAUACGUACAGUUUUUUAUACUUUUGUGGGAUUUAAGAUGGGGCGAAUAUUUUCUUAAUUAAAUAAAAGUGGUGGGAGGGAUUCCUUCAGAAACCCGACUGGGUAAUGACCACCUACUCACAUUAGGUACCACGGCAAAAUAAUUAAAAAUGUUACCUUUGUUUACUAUGCAUACUUUAAGUUAUUUUUAUUUUUGUUAAUUUUAGCACUUACUUUAAAUUAAUUA